GUCAUGUCACUCCUACCUGUUUUGGGACAGUGAGGAAGUUCCACUUUUGGGUGGAUUUGUUUGACAGCUAGCGUAUACUACCCACUUUCAUUUAGCUUCCACUCCAUGCAGAAUCAAGCAUGCUACUUCUCGAAGUGAAGUGAACGAGCGAAGGGAACUUGCGCCUUAAAACUUUUUGGUGUUGCUUUUCUCGAGCACCAUGGCAGAUAUGGACACUACCGGGGCCUUCAGUCGCAAGAGAAGGGCCACGUUUGCGGCGGGGAGAGGAGCGAGUCUAAAGCCGAUGAAUGAGAAGUGUAUGUCGGCGAGUCAGUUUUCAGUGGCCGCUGGCCGAAAAACGGACAGCGAGGCAGCCAAAGUUGACCGCCCUUGGGAGACAGCCCGGCCCACAACAAAGUGUGACAAAAAGAAACGUAACAAUGACAUAAACGACAGAUUGAGCUGUCACAAGACACAAGAGUCCCUGCUGUCUUCAUCCAGUGGUUUCAGUAACUACAGAGGCAUUCUAAACUGGUGCGUGGUAAUGCUGAUACUUGGUAAUGCCCGACUCUUCCUAGAAAACCUGUUAAGAUAUGGGGUUCUGGUGGACCCUAUUAAAGUGAUUUCCUUAUUCUUGAAGGACCCCUACAGCUGGCCAGCAGUGUGCCUGGUAAUUGUGUCCAAUGCCUUUAUCCUGGUGGCUCUUUAUACAGAGAGACAGUUGUCAAAGGGUUCAUUCAGUGAGCGUGUGGGCUUUCUUGUCCAUAGUGUUAAUUUGGCUGUCAUGCUCACAUUCCCUGCCGCGGUGGUACUCAUGGUGCCCUCCACGACCCCAGUUGGAGGUGCAUUUGCACUCGGUACCUACACCAUUCUCUUCCUUAAGCUCUAUUCCUACAAGGACGUCAACAUGUGGUGUCGGCAGCUGAGCACCAUGAAGGCCAAGAAACUGGCGAGGUCUCUGUCUUGUCCAUCAUCCAAGUACUUCAACGGAGAUGACCAAAAAGUUUGUUAUCCUGGCAACCUUACAAUCCGAAACCUUUACUACUUUGCCUUUGCUCCGACUCUAUGCUACGAGCUCAACUUUCCUCGCUCUCCUAAGAUCCGCAUGAGUUUCCUCCUGAGGAGACUUUUUGAGAUGCUCUUCCUCAUCCAGAUGUUAGUGGGUCUAACUCAACAGUGGAUGAUUCCCAUCAUUGAAAGCUCCAUGAAGCCGCUGGAGGACAUGGAUCUAUCUCGGAUGACUGAGAGACUCUUAAGAUUGGCUGUUCCCAACCACUUGCUUUGGUUGAUGUUUUUCUACUGGUUCUUCCACUCUUCUUUGAACUUCACAGCAGAGCUUCUGCGCUUCGGAGACCGACAGUUCUACAAAGACUGGUGGAACUCUGAGUCGGUGACAUAUUUCUGGCAGAACUGGAACAUCCCCGUUCACAAGUGGUGUCUCCGGCACUUUUACAAACCGUUGCUGAGGAGAGGUUUUAGUCAGAUAGUCAGCCAGUCAGCAGUCUUCUUCUUGUCGGCGUUCUUUCACGAGUAUCUGGUGAGUGUUCCUCUGAAGAUGUUCCGACUGUGGGCUUUCAUGGGCAUGAUGGCUCAGCUUCCGUUAGCCUGGUUUGUUGGCCAUCACCUGCGUGGUAACUACGGCAACGCCGCAGUGUGGAUUUCACUCAUAAUUGGUCAACCCUUUGCCAUCCUGAUGUACGUCCACGACUACUACGUCUUGCAUCAUCGACAAGAGACCCACUGAUCUGAAGUUGAUUCUUUUUCUCUCUCUGAGUGUUAGACAUGCAAGCAGACACUCGAGUCUAUUUUGCCAUGGCAGCCAUAAACCUUACAUUAACUUUAAUGUUGGAGACCAACUCAUUUUUUGCAAUUAUGAGCUUUUCGAGUUUUUAUCAUGUCACUGUUGAUAAAUAUUUAGAAAUUUCCUGACAUAGCCGCUUUUAAAUUUGAUCCAAAUAAUUGUUUGUAUGCUGGGAAAGCGAUUUUUUUUUCUCUCUCUCUUGUCCUUGGUAUGUCAAAAUUAUCUUCAGGAGACUUUUUUUUUGCCAGUGUCCUUGCGCAACUUGUUCUCACUUUAACUUAUUUGAAAAUGGUACAUCAAAAAUGAAAACUGUUUUUCCAUUUACUGCACACCUCAAACUCUGAACAUGCUGCACCAAAACACCAGAUUUUGCUACGAAACCAGUUUUUAAUUCCGUUAAUGCACUUCCGUCUAUAAAUUUCCGUAAGAACGGACUUCUGAAAAAAACUUUAGCCUCAUGUGUUCUUCCCUGUUCUUUUCCUUUUCUGUGAUGCAUUUGUAAAAAAGUGAAUAAUAGAAAAUGUUCAUGCCGUCCGUCUAUGUUUGAAGUGCCUUCAUAAACAUCAUCAUAGUGGACUCGUCAUCAGGUUUUGUCAAAAUGUUACUGUGAAAUGAGUGCAAAAAAAAAAAGGUAUGCGGUGAGAUUGUUUUGUGGUACAGUUUGUAUUUCCUGUUAUAUUUUCAAUAAUAUUCGUGCAAAAAAAAAUUCAUGUUGCUGUGGUGUCAAUAAAUAUUUUUUUAAUGACUCAGCUUUCUUUGGUGUUUUCUUUUAUUUGAAUAAAUAUUUGUAUUUCAAGUUUUUGAUGAAGAAUCAGACUCCAAUAACAUACAGAAAAUUGUGUUGAAUAAUGGGUCGACAAACACGUGGAUGUAGACCUCCUCCAAACUAACCACCCUUUUGAAUUCGCUGCUAAGCUCAAGUUUGUACGAAUGUUCCGUGUUCUCAUCAUCACCACGACAUGAGGACAAGUCUGAGUCUGCUUUUCUUCACUCUGACAUUGAAUUCAAUAGAAGGCCUUCAGCAAUCA